AUGAAGAACAAGGAGGGCUGGGACGGAAAAAUGAGGAUGGAGCCAAAGGCGGUUAUUACAAACCCGGAGGCGCUGGAGGAUUCAGAUUACUCGGAUCCGGAUGCACCCCCGGUCGAAGAGAUUGAGGCUGAUGAAGGUACGGCCGCUGGAUUUGAUUGCUCAGGGCUGAGUCAUUGGCGAGUCGAUCGACUAACGGUUGUUCAGACCUACUGGCAGACGAAGAUGUUAAUGCAGAGACUAUGCCUGCGCCAGAAUCAAAUAUCACGCAUCAACUUCCCUCCAAAUGUCGCCGCUAGUCUGACCGAACUCGACCUCUACGAUAACCUCAUCUCUCACAUCAAGGGCCUGGAGGAGUUUCAUAACCUGACAAGCUUGGAUCUGAGCUUUAACAAGAUCAAGCAUAUUAAGAAUGUUUCGCAUCUGAAGAAGUUGACCGAGAUUUUCUUUGUGCAAAACAAAAUCUCCCGUAUCGAGGGCUUGGAGGGAUUGACCGCAAUCAAGAACUUGGAGUUGGGCGCGAAUAAGAUUCGAGAAAUCGAAAACUUGGAAACACUGACGGCGCUGGAAGAGCUCUGGCUUGGGAAAAACAAGAUCGUCGAAAUGAAGAACCUCGAUACACUCUCAAACCUCCGCAUCAUCUCCAUCCAGUCCAACCGCCUCACCAAAAUCACUGGUCUCUCCGCGCUCCCAAAGCUUGAAGAGCUCUACCUCUCCCACAAUGCAGUAACAGACCUUUCAGGACUGGAAUCCAACGAGACACUGCGCGUGCUCGACUUUUCCAACAAUCAGGUCUCUCAUCUUGAACAUCUUUCUUCACUAAAGAACCUCGAGGAGCUGUGGGGGUCGAAUAAUCAGCUUGCUAGCUUUGAGGAAGUUGAGCGCGAGCUCAAGGAUAAGGAGAAGCUGCAGACUGUCUACUUCGAGGGUAACCCGUUGCAAUUGAAUGGGCCAGCUGUUUAUCGGAAUAAGGUGCGCUUGGCGUUACCGAAUAUCCAGCAGAUUGAUGCUAGUAAGUGUUUCCUUCCUAUCUGUGUCUGGCAGUAUGCGUACACAUUGUUUCGGAAAUGGCGCUAA